AGGCGUGUACAUAAGUACACAGACGUUUUUUUUCCUAUAUAUUGGAGAGUCAGUAAAACGAUCUAUUAUUUCUAGGUGUCUUGAUUCAUAUAUGUACUUACAUAGCAAUAGAUUUUAUUCUUACAUCAAUAACAUUUGAUGUAAGUGGACUGUUAGCUGCAUUACAAGUUGAUUUAACUGAUAUGAACGUAUAUAACGUGGAACCAGAAAACGAUUACAGACUGGUAACGGAAAUUGUGAAAGACCAUCAAAAAUUGCUAAGGGUUGUCGAUAACGUGAAUCUUAUCUUUGGACCUUUGUUGUUCGCACAAGUGACGUUUUCAUCUAUUAUUAUCUGCUGUUUUGGAUUUCUUACUAUAGUCGGAAAAGAUUUAAUCAAGAGUCUGCUAGCAACAUUUGGAAUAAUACUUGCCAUGUUCAACUUCUGUUGGUCUGGCCAGCUUCUAUCAGAUGCUAGCUCUGGUAUAGCUGAAGCUGCUUACAACUGUCCUUGGUACAACAAAAGCGUUGAGUUUAGAAAAUGUAUUCUGAUUAUUAUUAUCAGAGCUCAAAAGCCGAGCACGUUAUCGGCAUUAGGAUUCUCUGACGUGACUUUGACCACACUUUCAAAGAUAUUAAGUACAUCGUGGUCCUAUUUGUCACUGCUGAAUCAAAUGUAUGAAGAUAUUGCAUAA